CGGUGUCGCCGCCGCCGCCGCCGCCGCUGCUGCCGCCGGGCAAGUCUCCGCCGACGGCCGCGAAGCUGGGCCAGGCGUGGCAGGUGCUGCAGGAGUGGAGCGACCGGCGUGGCGAGGGCGACAGCCGCCGUCAGUACCGCGACAUCUACAGGCGUCUGGCGCAGAACACCCGCCACGUGGCGCCGUUCGUGAAGCUCGCCUAUCCGGACCUGGUGGGCGCCGUCGGUGUCGAGGACAGGGAGUCGCUGGCCGUCUGCGACCGGCUGGUCUGUAGGAAGAAGGUGCAGGGACUGGUUGAUGACGCGAUGGGACAGCGGAAGGCGGACAGCAAGGUGGUCUACGACUACGACUUCCUGGUCCAGACAUUUCCCAAGGCUGUCGGUGACGUCAGGUUACUGGAUAAUUUGGACGAGAAGAGGGUGGCUACGACUUUGAUCGAGACAAACGAGAACUCCAGUCUCCGAUUUGAGUCCCGUUUCGAGUCUGGAAACCUUCGGAGAGGCAUUCGGACGGCCGCCCGCGAGUAUGACCUGGUGAUCUGCCCGGACGUGGGCUCCAGCCGGCAUCAGCAGUGGUUCUACUUCGAGGUGUCCAACAUGCUCGCUGGCGAGCCGUACACGUUCAACCUGAUCAACAAUGAGAAGCUGAGCUGUGAGUACCAGGAAUGCGGCCGGUGCUGUUCUCGGGUGAAGGAGGCGGUCCGGGGCCGGCCUCACUGGGUGCGCGUCGGCACCGACGUCUUCUACUACCGCAACGCCUACCGCCGGCCGGCCCGGCACCCCAGCAAGCGGCAGCAGGGCAAGCAGCGCGUCUACUGCACGGCCUCCUUCACGGUGACGUUCCCGCACACCGGCGACGUCUGCUACCUGGCCUUCCACUACCCGUACACCUACACCAGGCUGCAGACGAUGCUGGAGCUGCUGGAGGGCGCGGUGGAGCCGGAGGUCUGGUGGCGAAACGAGCCGCUGGCCGCCGACCUGGACGGCAACCCGGACCCGCUGGUCACCGUCACCGGCCAGACGCUGCAGCACAAGAAGGAGGUGGUGUUCCUGACGGCGCGGAUCCACCCGGGGGAGAGCGGCGCCUCCUGGGCCAUGGAGGGCACGCUGCGCUUCCUGCUCAGCGCCGCCCCGGAGGCCGAGGCGCUCCGCGACCGCUUCAUCUUCAAGCUGGUGCCCAUGCUGAACGUCGCCGGCGUCGUCAACGGCUGUCACCGGUGCGGCCUGACGGACGAGGACCUGAACCGGCGCUGGAAGACCCCCGACCCGCUGCUGCACCCCGUCAUCUACCGCGCCAAGACCCUGAUGGAGUACUCGACGUUCGUGCUGAAGCGCGUGCCGUACCUCUUCUGCGACUACCACGGCCACUCGUGUCGCAAGAAUAUCUUCUUGUACGGCUGCAGCAACCGGCGCUCCUGGCUGCCGGCCGACAGGCAGAGGCCCGACAACGACGCGCUGGUCAGCUGCCUGCCGCAGGCGCUGUACCGGGUGGCGCCCGCCUUCAGUCUACGGUGCUGCCAUCUGACGGUGGAGCGGUCGCGCGAGACCACGGCUCGCGUGGUGGUCUGGCGCGAGCUGGGCGUGCAGCGCAGCUACACCAUGGAGAGCAGCUACUGCGGCUGCGACCAGGGGCCGUACCAGGGGUGUCACCUGUCGACGCAGCAGCUGCAGGAGACGGGCGCCCGGCUGGCGGUGGCGCUGCACCUGGUGUCGGUGCCGGGCGACCUGGCCGCCCUGGAGCGGGCCAGGAGCACCUACUGGUGGAGGCCGCAGGAGGAUUUCGAAAGGGAAUUCGCCAUGAGUUCUGCCACCAACUCCGACGUCACCGAGUCGGAUGACGACACCGACGACGUCACCUCGAGCACGGUGACGUCACUGACCUGAUCCGCCCUGGGCCGGGGCCCGCCCAGUCCGCCGGGCCCGCCCAGUCCGGAGAGCGGACACCGAGCGCGCCCCGAGGCGGGACGGCGCCGCCCGCCCCGUCGGCUCGCGGCCGGUCCGCCGACGCAGGGUCACGGCUGGUGCCGGGCGCGCCACCCCGGGGACGACACGCUGCCAUUCCAUGCCAUCUGUAAUACCGUCGGACUUGGUGUGCCCUAGAGUGGUGAUAACUGAACCGUUGUUUCGUCUUGAUCACGCAGUUAGCGGAGCGGUGUCAAGCGUCUAGAGGUUCGACGUGACCUGUAGCGGUAGUUGCCAAAUAUGGGCGCUUGGGGGUGUACGUAACACUGCCUACGUUGUUUGGCUGUUUUCAUAUCUGCUGGCCCUCGUUAACAGCUGGACGUGAUUUGUGUUGCGUGUUUAACGACCUGUUGGUGCGGAUACUACCUCGCUGGCAAUAAUCCCGAGCUGGACUCGGAGCUGCAAAUGUCGCUGCUGCAACUCACGGUGGGCUUCCUUGGUUUCGCGAUUUAAUAACAAAUCAGCCGGGUAGACGCGCUGCCAGAAAUGUAGCGACGUCAUCAUAGACGAGAUAUUACUGACCAAUCUAACAGCCAAAAUAUAUGCACCACGUGAUUUUUUCCACUGCGUACGGUUGUGGGCUUUUCUUUAAUCCGGUUGUGCAACUGGACGCGGCGUGAUCCAUGUGAUACGAUUGCGUGGGUGUGUUCAGUUUCGUGGCGUUGAUGAGGCUUUCGUGGUAGGCGUAUCUCCGUCCAUGAGGGCUGUCCCGCUGUCUGUGAUGCGUGUUGUCAGUGUGACCCGCCCCCUCGGGUCAACGGGUGGUGACCCGUGCCCCGACCCUCCAGACCGGCGCCGCGCGCGCAG